AUCUUUUGUUAGGCCCCUCUUGCAGCAAAGCCCACCACCUUUCCUUUUGUUAGGUCCCUCAGUCCCAUACAAGUAUACAACAGCCAUCACCAUCGUCGUAGAACUUCCGAGCAGUCGCUGGACCUUAGGGUUUCUGCCACCCGGACAAUGGCAGCGGCGAUUGGGUGGUAUGGCCCUCUCAUCGAUCUCUCAAGGGCGUCUUCACACGUUGGCGACAUGGUACAGCUUCUCGUCUUUGUCCAACGCUCGCAACCGAUCGAGAAAAUUAUUGCUUCUAGUAGAAGGCCGAUCUUGAUGACAAACAUUCAGGUUGGUGAUGAUACAAUGCCAUAUUUUGUUGUGUCGGUUUGGCAUAAAUAUAUAGGAACUAUGAUUGUUCCUGGAGUUGUCAUCUUACUACAAAAUGUCAAGAUCGUGAAAUUUAGAGAAGUUUUACAGGCCACAACUCUUCAGAUUUCCUCGUUGACAGUUUUGGCUCAUGGUAGUCAUUUAAUUACAUCUAAAGACAGUGAUCAGUUAAUUGCACAUUUGCAAUUGGGUGGUACGACCAGAGAAAAAUAUAGCAAGGUCAUACACUGGAUACAACAUACAGAAUCUGCAAUGUACUUUGUUCGGAAAACUGAUGGGGAUCAGCAGAGUAGCGUACAAGUACCUAAAAAUUGGAAGUCACCCGAAGAUCCGAAGCCAAGGAACAUUUUAUCCAUCACUGAUGUGCUAUGCCUUCAUAACUCAUGUAAAGUAGUUUUCCAUGCUUUCAUCGGUGAAAUUUUUUUGUCAUCUUUGAGAAACGAUGAAGCUAAAGAACAAAUGUUUUUGAGGAAGACUUUACUGAAGAUAGAUAAGACCAGGAUUAUGGAAGAUCUUAUCUGUUUGGGUUGUACGAAAUGUGGCUCUCCAAUGGAUUAUAGGUUUCCACUUUAUUGCAGCAAUAAUUCCAAUUAUGUUCAUGAUAUUGGUCAGAUAUACAAACCAUUCAUGCUGCAUGUGUGGGACCAUGCUGCCCUCAUACCUUUGCUUGUGAAGGACAGAGCUGCAACAAUCUUAUUUGGAAGUAUAACAGCAGAAAUGGUACACAAAUGCUACAAUCAGAUAAGCAUAAAUCAUAUCCCUGUUCCUCUCCAUUAUCAGGACUUUUGUUCUUCGAACUUAAUUAGUUUCGCCGGUGAUGAAAGUCGAAAACCUCUUAGAAAUCUAAAUGAUGCGAACGGUGGUAGUAAUAAGCCCAAAUUCUAUCAUAUUUGGUUAGUUUUGCUAAAAAUUUUACUGAAGAAGCAGGAGAGCCCAUUCCAGUUUGAAGUUAAUGUUGACAAGGAGAAGGAUAUUGAGAAUGGAAGAUUUGAAUUGAUUUUGUUUAGAAUGCCUUGUUUUAUAAGUGAGAUAACUUAACAAAAAAUUUUGUUGCUGGGGCAAUAUUUGUGAUGUAGUAAAAAACAUGGAUUUUCUUAUUAUUUUUAUCAUUUGGUUGGAUAGUUUUGAAACUCUAGUUUUAAAAUAAAUUUAAUUAUUUUGUUUCAUUGGAAGUAAUUUAUGAAUUGUGAGCUAUGGUUCUUACACCUAUUAAAUUGAGUCGUUAUAUGCUUAUGUGGCUUGUAUUAUAAGGGGUUUUAUGCAUGAUAAGGUAGAGACCCACACUAUAUUUUAUAAUAUGUUAAGGUUGAUAAUUAUAAGGUGCAUUUACAUAAGUAACACAAUAUUCCUGUAUAUCUACAUAUCUAACACCCAAAUUUUCAUAUUUACCCACAUACCAUUCAAAUCAUUAACAUGAUA